GUAUUUAUAAGGCACCCCGGUGCGCGGAAAGGCACAAGCAUGCCUCGUCUCUAGAGAGGCAGAGCGCAUCGCUGCGACUUGGAGACGGUUUUUUUUUUUGGUUGAAAGACCUGUGCAGCCGCUGCUGAGGAAGAGACGCGGGCGCGCAGGAGUUUUAAGCCAAGUUCACUGCAGCAGGUCGUUGUGACAGCGACCUUGUUCUCAGGGAAACAUCCCUGGGGACACACAUAUACUUGUAAGCGCACACACACACACAAUCCCACACAGGCACCAUGCAGGAGUCAGAGCCUACAGUGUGCCAGCUGCAGCCCAACAUCAUCUCAGUGCGUCUUUUCAAGAGGAAGGUUGGUGGUCUGGGCUUUCUGGUGAAGCAGAGGGUGUCCAAGCCGCCUGUCAUCGUGUCUGACCUCAUCCGUGGCGGCGCAGCAGAGGAGUGCGGCCUGGUGCAGGUGGGCGACAUCGUCUUGGCUGUCAACAACAAGCCCCUGGUGGACCUGUCCUACGAACGGGCCCUGGAGACGCUGAAGAAUGUGUCACCCGAGAGCCACGCCGUGCUGAUCCUCCGUGGGCCUGAGGGCUUCACCACCCACCUGGAGACCACCCUGUCCGGAGAUGGCCGCCAACGCACAGUGAGGGUCACACGGCCCGCCUUCCCACCCUCGAAGUCCUACGAGCACUGCUCCCCGAUCAGCCCAUUCAGCCCUGGGCAGCAGCAGCAGGUCAACAAGGAGCCCCAGCUUAGGGCCAUUGAAAACCUGUCCUCUCCAUCCAUCACCCAGUCCCUCCUGCAGAAGGGAGGCGUGCAGGCCCAGGACCCCCUGCUGAUGAGGGACGGGGGGCGUGGAGCUCUCCUGUGCAACGGGCUGGAGGAGAACAGCGAGCUGCUGAAGGAGAUCGAACCUGUGCUGCGCCUCAUCAAAAACAGCAAAAAGGAGAUCAAUGGAGAAGGCCAGAGGAAUGCGGGGAGAAGGGACGCUGAGAUUCAAGUGGCCUGGGACCUUGGCGUGGGAAAUGGCAUGUCUCCGCAGCUGGCGUCAGAUAACAACAGAAUGCUGGAAAACAUGCCUGCGGUGCUCAACAAGGCCGACACUGACAAGCCUCCGGCCCAGGGCAGGACCUCACCCACUAAGUCACUGCAGAAUGGCAGCCCCUCCAAAUGCCCCCGCUUCAUAAAGAUCAAGAACUGGGAGACUGGCACUGUCUACAGCGACACACUCCACCACAGCUCCAGCAAGAUGCCAAUCUGCACUGAAAAUGUGUGCAUCGGCUCUGUGAUGAUGCCCAACCAGCACAUCCGCAAACCAGACGAGGUCAGAACCAAAGAGGAGCUUCUUCCACUGGCCACUGACUUCAUAGACCAGUACUACACCUCCAUCAAAAGGUAUGGCUCUAAGGCCCAUGUGGACAGGCUGGAGGAGGUGACCAAGGAGAUUGAAGCUUCAGGAACUUACCAGCUGAAAGACACUGAACUGAUUUAUGGAGCCAAGCACGCCUGGAGGAAUGCUGCCCGAUGUGUAGGGAGGAUCCAGUGGUCCAAACUGCAGGUUUUUGAUGCUAGAGACUGCACAACAGCUCAUGGAAUGUACAACUACAUCUGUAACCACAUCAAGUAUGCCACCAACAAAGGCAACCUGAGGUCGGCCAUCACCAUAUUUCCUCAGAGGAUAGAUGGCAAACAUGACUUUCGAGUGUGGAACAGUCAGCUGAUCCGUUAUGCAGGCUACAAACAGCCUGAUGGACAUGUCAUGGGAGACCCUGCUAAUGUUGAAUUUACUGAGAUCUGCAUGCAGCUGGGAUGGAAAGCUCCGAAGGGUCGUUUUGAUGUCCUGCCCCUCCUUCUGCAAGCCAAUGGAAAUGACCCUGAGCUGUUUGAGAUCCCUGAAGACCUCAUCCUGGAGGUGCCGAUCACACACCCAAAGUACGAGUGGUUCAAGGACCUGGACCUGAAGUGGUACGGCCUCCCGGCGGUCGCCAACAUGCUGCUAGAGAUCGGUGGCCUGGAGUUCACUGGCUGCCCCUUCAGCGGCUGGUACAUGGGCACAGAGAUUGGCGUGAGGGACUUCUGCGACAGCUCACGCUACAACAUUCUGGAGGAUGUUGCUAACAGGAUGGCCUUAGACACUAGGAAGACUUCAUCACUUUGGAAGGACAAGGCGCUGGUGGAGAUCAACAUUGCUGUUCUCUACAGCUUCCAGUCAUGCAAAGUGACCAUAGUAGACCAUCACUCAGCCACAGAGUCCUUCAUGAAGCACAUGGAGAAUGAGUAUCGGGUGCGAGGCGGCUGUCCUGGAGACUGGGUGUGGAUUGUGCCUCCCAUGUCAGGAAGUAUCACACCGGUUUUCCACCAAGAAAUGCUCAACUACCGCCUCACUCCUUCCUUUGAGUACCAGCCUGAUCCCUGGAAUACCCAUGUGUGGAAAGGAGUCAAUGGGACGCCCACAAAGAAAAGAGCCAUUGGAUUCAAGAAGCUUGCCAAGGCUGUGAAGUUUUCGGCCAAGCUCAUGGGCCAGGCCAUGGCCAAGAGGGUGAAAGCAACCAUACUGUUUGCUACAGAGACGGGCAAAUCGCAAGAUUAUGCCAAAACUCUCUGUGAAAUCUUCAAGCACGCUUUUGACGCAAAGGUCAUGUCAAUGGAUGAAUAUGAUGUGGUGGACCUAGAACAUGAGACGUUGGUGUUAGUGGUGACCAGCACAUUCGGCAAUGGCGAUCCACCUGAAAAUGGAGAGAAAUUUGGAGGUGCCUUAAUGGAGAUGCGCCACCCGACAUCCAACACAGAAGAUAGAAAGAGCUACAAGGUCCGUUUCAACAGUGUGUCCUCCUACUCUGACACUCGCAAGUCUUCCAGUGACGAGCCAGAAGCCAGGAUUAACUUUGAGAGCACAGGACCUCUCGCCAACGUCAGGUUCUCAGUGUUUGGCCUUGGCUCCAGGGCCUACCCACACUUCUGCGCCUUUGCCCACGCUGUGGACACGCUGUUUGAAGAGCUGGGGGGGGAGCGCAUCCUACGCAUGGGAGAAGGAGAUGAGCUGUGUGGCCAGGAGGAGUCAUUCAGAACCUGGGCCAAGAAGGUUUUUAAGGCUGCCUGUGACGUGUUCUGUGUCGGCGACGAUGUGAACAUUGAGAAGGCCAACGACUCCUUGAUCAGCAACGACCGCAGCUGGAAGAAGAGCAAGUUCCGCUUGACGUACACAGCCGAGGCCCCGGCCGUCACAGAAGCAUUAUACAGCAUUCACAAGAAGAAAGUCUAUGGAGCAAAGAUGCUAGAAUCUCAAAACUUACAAACACCCAAAUCCAAUCGCUCCACCAUAUUUGUGCGGCUCCACACAAACAACCACGACAGACUGAGCUACCAGCCCGGCGACCAUCUGGGCAUCUUCCCUGGUAACCACGAGGACCUGGUGACGGCUCUCAUAGAUAAACUGGAGGAUGCUCCACCUGUCAAUCAAAUUGUCAAAGUGGAGUUCCUGGAGGAGAGGAACACUGCCCUAGGUGUAAUCAGUAACUGGACAAAUGAGACUCGUAUCCCUCCCUGCACCAUCUACCAGGCCUUCCAGUACUUCCUGGACAUCACAACCCCACCGAGCCCUGUGCUGCUGCAGCAGUUUGCUGCUCUGGCAACCAAUGACAAACAGAAAAAGAAACUAGAAAUCCUCAGUAAGGGCUUGCAGGAGUAUGAGGAGUGGAAGUGGUACAACAAUCCGACACUGGUGGAGAUGCUAGAGGAGUUCCCCUCCAUCCAGAUGCCCUCCACUCUGCUGCUCACCCAGCUGCCCCUGCUGCAGCCUCGCUACUACUCUAUCAGCUCCUCUCCAGACCUGCACCCAGGAGAGAUCCACCUCACCGUCGCUGUGGUCUCUUACCGUGCCAGAAAUGGAGAGGGACCUAUCCACCAUGGAGUGUGUUCAUCGUGGCUCAACAGGAUAGAGAAGGGGGAGAUGGUGCCGUGUUUUGUGCGAGGUGCACCGUCAUUCCAACUUCCCAAAGACAACCAAGCACCUUGUAUCCUGGUGGGUCCAGGAACAGGUAUCGCCCCAUUCAGAAGCUUCUGGCAACAGAGACUAUAUGACCUUGAACACAAAGGAAUUGAGUCGUGCCCCAUGAUCCUGGUGUUUGGUUGUCGGCAGUCUGAGAUGGACCACAUCUACAAGGAGGAGACCAUCCAGGCCAAGAACAAAGAAGUGUUCAAGGAGCUCUACACGGCCUAUUCCAGAGAACCAGGCAAACCAAAGAAAUAUGUACAGGAUGCACUGCGCGAGCAGCUGUCAGAGACAGUGUACCAGUGCCUGAAGGAGGAGGGAGGACACAUCUACGUGUGUGGGGAUGUUACAAUGGCCGGGGAUGUUCUCAAGACUGUCCAGCAAAUCAUCAAGCAGCAGGGCAACAUGAGCCUAGAGGAUGCUGGCUUCUUCAUCAGCAAGCUUCGGGAUGAGAACCGCUACCAUGAGGACAUCUUUGGUGUCACCCUGCGCACCUAUGAGGUCACCAACCGGCUUCGUUCGGAGUCCAUUGCCUACAUUGAGGAGAGCAAAAAGGACUCAGAUGACAGAUCUGUACUGGGAGGAGAAAAACAUCUCACUGGUUGAGUUAAACCUCAGUGGGGUUUUCUGCUCGUAGGUCUAUGAAUUGGGGGCUUUCUGACAACAACCAGUCUAGAGGACACAGCAACGCUGGUUAAAGAAUACUGUGCCAAUUUUUGUACUGUAAAAAAAAAAAAAAAAAAUGGGUUUCUUUUUUUAUACCACUUUAAUGUUUCUGUUGGGCUCUGCGAUUUUGUCUGUAGCAAGUUGGAAAUGUUCUGUUCUCUGAGAAUCUGUUUUGCUUGUUAAUGAUACUUCCAAAAAUUAUAAAUUGAUUAUAUUGAUUCAUAAUGUGUGCACCUAGUGUAAUGACCUGCCUCAUUGUGAAUGCAUGACCAAGACAAGAAUAUACUCAAUAAAUAUAAUAUACUCUG